AUGGAACGUGAGCGCGAUCGAGCCUCGGGUUCGAUUAACUGUCCCCCUUGGUUUGAUGGGGAAGAUUAUUCUCAAUGGAAAAUCAUGAUGAGAGCUUUCCUUUACUCUCAAGAUGAACAUAUGUGGAACGUUGUUGAGAAUGGAUGGGUUCACCCAACUAAACUUGAAAAUCCUAAAGCUAGUGAAUCCUCUGAUUCUAAAAGGAUUCCUAAACCAAGGUCUGAAUGGAGUGAAUCUGAGAUUCGGGAUUGUAAUCACGAUUUCAAGGCAAGGAACAGUUUGUUCACCGCCUUGUCAAAAAAGGAGAGAGUUAGAAUUAGUCAGUGUGAGAGAGCCAAGAAAGCUUGGGAUCUUCUCCAAGUUACUUAUGAGGGUAAUAAACGGGUUAGAGCUCAAAAACUUCAGAGGUUGGUCUUAGAGUUUGAAAACAUGUCAAUGGGGACUGACGAGUCAAUAGAUGAUUUUCAUGCUAGACUUAUCAAUGUGACAAGUCAGUGUCAUAGCCUUGGUGAUCCAUUUGAAGAACAUCGUAUUGUUAAGAAAUUCCUUAGGUCUCUUCCACCUAGUUUUCAGUCCAAGCAAACAGCCAUAGAGGAGGCCCAAGACAUUGACAAUUAUUCCUUGGAUGAACUUGUGGGGAAUCUCAAGACUUUUGAGAUGAGGAUUAAUCCUGAAAAAAAGGUGAAAAAUGUUGCCUUUAAUUCUAUCAAAAAGGAAGAAGAAACUGAGGUUAGCACAGAAGACUUGGCCUAUUUGACUAAACAGUUCAAAAAAUUCUUUAAGUCUAGAAACUCUAGUGGUCCGGGCUCAAAAAAUUCUUUUGACUCUAGUUCAAAACGCAGCCUGCCUUCUGAAAAUUCUUUUGAAAGAAACUUCAAAUCAAACAAACUUUUACAAAAGAAAAACUUCAGUGAAAAACCUAAAUGUUUUGAGUGUGGUGGGAUUGGGCAUCUAGCUGUUGACUGUGGAAAUAAAAAGUAUAGCUCACGUAUGGGAAAAGCUUUGAAAUCCACUUGGAGUGAUAGUGAGUCAGAUACUCACUCUGAGAAUGAGGAAAAGAAUCUUGCACUUACCUCAACUCUUCAUAACGAAUCCUCCCAUGAAUCAGACGAUGAGGAGCAUUCGGAUGAAGAGAUGGAUGGUAAGUACAAAGAACUUUAUGCAGCGUCCAGAUCAAUUCUCAAGAAAAACCAUCUGCAAAGUGAAGAGAUUGUCUUGAUCAAAAGAGAGAAAAAGAAAGCUGAGGAUAGGUUGGAGUCAUGUACCAAAGAGUGGGAAAGUGAAAGAUCUGACUUGGUUGAUCAGGUAAAGACUCUUCAGGUAGAAUUAAAAUCUCAAACCUUUCUUGCUAGUUCUUUAGCUUCAGAAAACGAGUCUCUAAAGCUUGAGUUGGAAGAUGCUCAGCAAAAGUUCUCUAGGUUCUCAAUUGGGUCAGACAAAUUGUCUAAGAUGAUUGGAAUGGGUAAACCUGAUAAUGAAAAAAAAGGGAUUAGGCUAUAA